UUCAUUUUCUCUAUCGAUUUUCAUCUUAUUCUUGUCAAAACCAUGGGUAGAAAAAAGCUGAAACUUGCUUUCAUUGAGAAGGAUACCGCAAGAAAAUUAGCAUACAAGAAUAGGAAGAAUAGUUUAGUGAAGAAGGUUGAUGAACUUACAACCCUGUGCGGGAUCGACGCAUGUGCCAUAAUUUUUGGCCCCUACGAUCCUCAACCUGAGAUCUGGCCAUCACCGUCCGGAGUACAAAAUGUGCUUUCGAAGUUCAAGACAGCAUCUGAAUUUGAUCAAAGAAAAAAGAUGGUGACUCAGGAGAGUUUUUUGAAACAAAGGGUUGAGAAGGCUGAAAAGCAACUUAGACAGCAAUUGAGAGACAACAAAGAAAAAGAGACAACCAUGCUCAUGUUUCAAUGUCUCAAUGCUGGGGGUAUGGUGCCGAACGACAGUUCGGUGGCUGGUUUGAAUGAUCUUGCAUGGAUGAUUGAUAAGAAUCUGAAGGAGAUUGGCAGAAAGAUAGAAUCAGGUGAUAGAAACACUAGUAUUCCUCAAAAUCAAAGUGAAAAUCAAAGCCAGGAACAACUCCAAAUGGAUCCGCCACCGCCACUACUACCACCCCCGUCACCACCACCAUCAGUGUCUGAUAAUGACGAAGUUGCAAUGAUGAGUAGGUUGGGAUGGAUAUGAAUCAAAUCAAAUCUACCAUCCAACCAAAGUUACUGUCUUGAAUGGUGUUUAUGGAAUUAUGAUGACGAAUUUUAAUUAUAUGAUGAUUUGAAUUUUGUUUUUUUUUUUUUUAAUGUAUGUGA